AUGCGCCAAUCAGUUUCAAUAAACUGGUCGCGAGACUUUUUGAAGGUUAUUGCAUGCCAUGUAGUUCCCAUAAUCAUCCACUUCGGUUUAUUCCUGAUAUACAGUUUUGACUACACAAUAACCCCGUCUACCUUCUCGGCAGUUUCUCUGCUCAUUUUCAAGCAGCUGUUCUGCGGAGAAUUCAGAUUGACUGCGGUAUACGACAUAUUGAACGCCAUGUAUGGAUCUGGCGCCGCACUAGCUGCUCUUUGGAACCAACGAAAGACAGCCACAGUAUGCCCAGAAGCGACUGUCAUUCUAUUCUACAUCAUAGUCAUCACUUUUCUGGAAUCUCAUGCUCUUCUGGUCCUGGUACCUCUGUCGACUAACAGGGUCCACACCUUUGUAGCACCUGCACUAUCGACAUGGGCAGAUGCCACCGUGAACACCCAGAACUGGGACUGGCCAACCAUACUAUCUUUGGCAUCGAAAUUUGGGCAAUUAUCUCCGAUAGCUGCAGGGCUUUAUCAUAGUCUUCUCUAUGACAUUAUAUCCCCUGGUGCGACAGGAAACGGAACUGUGACCGCAACAGAAGUGAGCGUCACAUGCUUCCUUGCACAAAAUUUAUCGUACGGGAGAAGUGUCGCAAACGAGCCAUUGAUUUAUACCAACGCAACAGCAACCCUUGCUUUGGAUGCUAUUCCAUGGAAAGACCAAGUGUUAUAUCUUGACAGCCCGUUGAUUGAGGGCUGGCUCAAUUUCCUGUUGACAACUGGGACUGCUGAAAAUCCCGCGAUUAACGAAACAACAGUACAAGGAACCUGGUAUUACGAAAAUGACGUUGCUGAAAAUAGCACGCGGAGCGCUAUUGAUUUGCAAUUUGCAAUGUGCAACGUAUCACUACUUGGCCGAAAUGUUAUUGUGGAUGCACAAUCAAAUCAUUUACUGGUUGUCCCAGAAAUGACUGUAUCCUCUCCGCAAUGGACAACUAUACCAGCAUUCACAUCCUUUGCUCCCGAGAAGAUGGUCGAUGGUGGUGUGAUUACAAUGCCAUUCAAUACGCAAAAAUAUUCUUACACGGGUAUGAGAACCUGUUUCGACAAGGUUGACCAUUACCCGUGUAACAGAAAUACGUCAGUAGGAGAACUACUACUCAUGCAGUUGAUCGGCAUGCCCUUUAGUAGUAUCAUCCCCGAUGUUCCCAUCAAUAUCAUGCAAGACCCGGGUGGAACCCAGCAUCUCAAUACAACACCAUCAUUCACGAUUUCAAAACAUCAGAUGGAGGUGGCGUUGUCAAGACUAUAUGCAACGGUUAUCUGGAUAGCUGGGGAGUUGGGUGAUUCCGGAGGGGGUUUUCAACGGGCCAACGCUGAAGCAGAGGUAACACAUUUUGUAUUGGAAACACAUCUUGAACUUGACUAUACUUCGAAUCUCAUCUCUUUACUCACCUCUUGCGGUCUUCUUGUGCUCGUUAUUCGUAUUGCUGCAAGAGGGAUAGGACCAAGUGUAGAGUUUGACACCCUGUCUUUCAUGUGGCUGGCAAAUCGUUCACAGGAUCUUACGGCCCAGUUCGCCAAAAUUUUACACCCUAAUGAUCAGGUGCUCCGCAGGGCCGGAAUGUUUCGAGUUGGAGUUCAAGAUUCUGGUCAAGUUUUUGCGAUAGAUGAUCUCCCAACAAUAGCAGGUGCAGACUCCGCAUCCGCGGAGACAGACACGAAACCAGGUAUUUGCGGUUACGCGAGCGCUUGCUGGCACGGAGUGAGCUCACAGAUAUUUUUCAUCCUCAAAUACGAUCCCCUGGGGAGCUAUGAAGAGACGGAGAUACGCCGCCCUAAACAUUUUGUGCAAUACGGACUUUGCAUGAGCUUACAUACCCUCUUUGCUGUCCUGAAUAUACUGUUCCUUGUCGCAAUCAACCACCACGACAAACAAAACCAAAACAUUAUGGUCUCAGCCACAUCUCAUCUUAAAAUGUGGGAGGUUGGCAUUCGCCAGGGUAUACAGGGAUACUACACUGUGUCGCUCGCCACCCUCGUUUUCUUUGCUCAAUCUGUCACCCUUUCCCAUGAUCUAGCACGCUUCCAGCCUCUUUCUUCAUUGCAUGACAUCAGGGAUUCCUGGCGCAACUGUGCUACGGCUUACUCAUCCUUCAAGCGUUAUACUCAAUUCUCAUACCCUGUUUUUACGUCUCCUGGCCUAAGGAUCUUGGGCGUAUUUGUCUACCUUUUUUCCAUCUUAAUAAUUUCUCUCCUGCGACCAUUCAUUGUUUCGCCUUCAACUUACACAUUCAUCACCAAUGGUUCAUCAUCUACACAACUCGCAUGGCCAGAUCCGACAAGAAACAUCAGCGCUCUGGAUUGGAAUAUGAUAACUUCGGCGGCCUUGCCUUCAAAUUCGACCAAGGAGGUAGUAACCACAGGGCUAUCAGGAGGCUUAUUGUAUGAUAAGUUAUACCCAAACUCCGGAUUCGGAGCUGCGGUUGUGAAUGUAACGCUCGUAGAUGCCAACUGCUCCUUGUUGCCAAGUUCGGUUUGGUCCAAUGCUGAUGGCUCUCCCAAAGACUUCAUCGGUGCGAUCCCUUGGUCAGAUCAGAUUUUAUAUCGGGACGUUAUGACUGCCAAGAAUUAUCUUACUUUUCUUGUUACGACGGCGAUGGCUGAAAGUGGAGCAGUGCUAGAGAACGCUUCAGUGUCUAUGCCAUGGACAACAUAUGACAGCAAUGGGGAUUUAGUAUCCAGCGCGCAAGUGGUGGGAUACAUGGUCGCAUGUCACAUGUCUCUUGAGAAGCGCGUGGCUACUGUCGACGUUCAAUCCAAUUUGCUUCUGGAUACUGCGUAUAAUCCGGUUUCUUCGGAUAAGCAAUGGACGAUCUUUCCAGGGAAUUCUCCCUUCACAGGUCAAAGCUUGGAUUGGAUCAAAGCGCCUUUCGUCGCCAAGCCGUUCGAAGGAACACCAGUGGAAGCAAUAUACUGGAACAACACCAUUUUACCCGGGUCAUGUGCAGGGAGCGGCAAUGCUAGCGCGUGCGGAUAUGUACCCGAAAGACUGCUUAUGGGUUUUCUGAACAUGACCCAGGAGCAGAUGAUUCCUACAAAAUUCGACAAUAGCACGCCCACCUUCAAUUUGUCUCCACUCGAACUAGAAGGGGCUUUGUCCCAGUACUUUGGGAUGAUGAUCUGGACGGCUGCACAGCUUGGUGGAUAUAGGGGAGGGUUUGACGGGGCAACCGGACGGGCUGAAAUCAACCAAAAUGCAAUGAAGUUAAUGGUGCAUGUUUCUCGAGUCCCAUUGUUGGUGGCGACUGUGGCCUCGUUCGUUGCUCUGGUUUCGGUCUUUGCGUUGGCUGGGGUUGCUCCCAGUGACAAGAGUUUC